CCCGAGGCGGGGGCGGGGGCGCGAUGUGUCUGCUGCUGGGGGCCGCGGGCGUCGGCAAGACGCUGUUGGUGAAGAGGCUGCAGAAGCUGAGCUCCGCGGAUGGGAAGGGCGACCUGGGCGACCCCCCCCCGACGCGGCCCACGGUGGGCACCGACCUGACAGACAUCGUGGUCCCGAGGAAGAUCACCAUCCGGGAGCUGGGGGGCUGCAUGGGCCCCAUCUGGCCCAGCUACUAUGGAGAUUGCCAUUGUCUCCUGUUCAUGAUGGAUGCCGCCAACCCCACUCAGCUGUCCGCAUCCUGUGUGCAACUCCUGGGUCUUCUUUCUGCAGAAGGACUCGCAGAAGCAUCAGUCCUGAUACUCUUCAAUAAAAUUGAUCUGCCCUGUUACAUGACCAUCGAGGAGAUGAAGUCCUUGAUCAGACUCCCAGACAUCAUUGCCUGUGCCAAGCAGAACAUCACCACGGCAGAAAUCAGUGCCCACAAGGGCACUGGCUUAUCUGAGGUCAUGCACUGGCUCCAGGACACCCACAGGCCUGACCGCUGACCACCUGGAGCAGAAGUGUGACAGGCUAGCUCCGGGGAGGAGGCAGAGAAUAGCACCGUUCGGCCUCCAGCGAUCUCUACUCGUCAGGGACGGGAUGACCCAACACAAGCCGAGGGGCUCCUGGCCUGAGUUGCAGUGAUGGGCAAACUGAGGCACCCCAGUUACAGAGACUCCUGAUAGCUGGCCUCUGAAUGAAAAAAUUGUCCCCACGGCAGGGAGAGGAAGCUGGGCUUGCAGGGUGGCUGGGUGUCCUGCUGCCGUCCUGGAAUCUACUCCUUUCCCAUCAGGACUGCUCUUUCCCAGAGGUGUUUGCGCUGCACAGCCCCGCAGACUUGGUCUCUUGACUGUGGUACAGAUCGUACCCACGAGUUUCUGACAUGCCGACAUGUGUGAGGCCGCUGUCAUAGAAAGAACCAAGCCUGGAGUCAAAACGAGAA